AGCGCGGGCGCCGCGUUUCCCUGCUCGGCGUUUCCCUGCUCGGCGGCGGCGGCGGCUGCGCCUCGCGCCUCCAUGUCGGACAACCAGAGCUGGAACUCGUCCGGCUCCGAGGAGGACCCCGAGGCCGAGCUCGGGCUGCCCGUGGAGCUCUGCGGGGUGCUCAGCAAGUGGACCAACUACAUUCAUGGGUGGCAGGAUCGAUGGGUAGUUCUCAAGAGCAACACACUCAGUUAUUACAAAUCUGAAGAUGAAACAGAGUAUGGCUGCAGAGGUUCUAUCUGUCUGAGCAAGGCUGUGAUUACGCCCCAUGACUUUGAUGAAUGCAGAUUUGAUAUUAGUGUGAAUGAUAGCGUGUGGUACCUCCGAGCUCAGGACCCAGAACACAGACAGCAGUGGGUAGAUGCGAUAGAGCAACACAAGACCGAGUCCGGCUAUGGAUCAGAGUCAAGUUUACGACGACAUGGAUCCAUGGUUUCUCUUGUUUCUGGAGCAAGUGGGUACUCCGCAACAUCCACCUCUUCGUUCAAGAAGGGUCAUAGCUUACGUGAGAAGCUUGCAGAAAUGGAAACCUUCAGAGACAUCUUGUGUAGACAAGUUGAUACUUUGCAGAAAUAUUUUGAUGCUUGUGCAGACGCAGUUUCCAAAGAUGAACUCCAGAGGGAUAAAGUGGUAGAAGAUGAUGAAGAUGACUUUCCUACAGUGCGUUCUGAUGGGGAUUUUUUACAUAACAGUAACAGCAGUAAGGAAAAACUGUUUCCGCAUGUGACACCCAAAGGAAUUAAUGGCAUAGACUUUAAAGGAGAAGCUAUAACUUUCAAGGCAACUACUGCUGGAAUCCUUGCUACACUCUCCCAUUGUAUUGAACUCAUGGUAAAACGUGAAGAAAGCUGGCAAAAACGACUAGAUAAGGAAAUUGAGAAAAGGAGAAGAAUAGAAGAAGCAUAUAAAAAUGCUGUGACAGAACUCAAGAAAAAGUCCCAUUUUGGAGGGCCGGACUAUGAGGAGGGUCCUAAUAGUCUGAUUAAUGAAGAAGAAUUUUUCGAUGCUGUUGAAGCUGCUCUUGAUAGACAAGAUAAAAUGGAAGAACAGUCUCAAAGUGAAAAGGUCAGACUACACUGGCCAGUGUCCUUACCUUCUGGAGAUGCAUAUUCUGCUGUGGGGACUCAUAGAUUUGUCCAGAAGCCCUAUAGUCGCUCUUCCUCCAUGUCUUCCAUUGAUCUAGUCAGUGCCUCUGAUGAUGUUCACAGAUUCAGCGCCCAGGUAGAAGAGAUGGUGCAAAACCAUAUGACUUAUUCUUUACAAGAUGUAGGAGGAGAUGCCAAUUGGCAGCUCGUGGUAGAAGAAGGAGAAAUGAAGGUAUACAGAAGAGAGGUGGAAGAAAAUGGAAUAGUUUUAGAUCCUUUAAAGGCAACACAUGCAGUUAAAGGUGUAACAGGGCAUGAAGUUUGCCACUACUUCUGGAAUGUUGAUGUUCGUAAUGACUGGGAAACAACAAUUGAGAACUUUCAUGUCGUGGAAACUCUAGCUGACAAUGCAAUCAUCAUUUACCAGACACAUAAGCGGGUGUGGCCAGCCUCUCAGCGGGACGUGCUGUAUCUGUCUGCCAUCAGGAAGAUCCCCGCGUUCAGUGAAAAUGACCCCGAGACGUGGAUUGUGUGCAACUUCUCUGUGGAACACGACAGUGCUCCUCUAAAUAACCGAUGUGUCCGUGCAAAAAUAAAUGUUGCCAUGAUUUGUCAGACGCUAGUGAGCCCGCCGGAGGGGAACAAGGAAAUCAGCAGAGACAAUAUCCUAUGCAAGAUUACAUAUGUAGCCAAUGUGAACCCAGGAGGAUGGGCGCCAGCAUCAGUGUUACGGGCAGUGGCAAAACGAGAAUAUCCCAAGUUCUUGAAGCGUUUUACGUCCUAUGUGCAGGAGAAGACAGCAGGAAAGCCCAUUUUGUUCUAGUACUAGCAGUGAUUGGCGCAAGACUGGGUGAGCAUUCCGCGUUGGAGAAGUAACCAUGUAUAGAGCACUCCAUGCAGGAACGAAGGAUCUACAGUCUUUCUAUGGCCCAACUUCUAGGCUUUGUAUACCGAAGUGAAGAAACGUUGCAACACCAUGAGGCUGAAUAUUUAACACUAUCUCUCUCCUGCUAAUUUUCUUGCUGAAUCAGUGUGUAAUUAUAAAUACAUGUAUUGAUAACAUGUAUAUGGCUCUAUUUUUAUUUGCUUGCUUGAAAAGAGGAAGGACGUACAACUUUGAAUCACCAACUUGGGUUACUGCUUUAAUUUUAAACAACUUGCAAAAUUUUACUGAUAACCCUUCCUAAGAUACUUGAGCAGAUUUUGUGCAUGUCUAAAAAGCACAAGAGACACAUGCACAUAUAGCAUACUGUAUGUGCUUUAUGUGCACAAAAAUCUGUGGUAUUUGCUGGAGGAGGAAUUCAGUAAAGCCUAGGUGAGUUACUGGCAGAUUUUGUUUUGCUUUGUAUAAUCAUAGUUCAUUGCUGCUAGUUUCUAUAAUGAAUCAUCUUGUUAUGUAAAAUGUCAGUUAAUAACUGAGGGCUGUCAAUAUCCUGAUGACUUUGCCUUUUCUAUUGUCUUACUCUUAUGAAGACCGCCAGGUCUGAAGGAGUAAGAGUGUGAAAAGCUUUAUUUUUUUCCAGAUAUCUUUAUAUUUCUAUUGUAUUUUUCAGUUAUGUAAUGUGCUACAGAUUUUUGUUAUUAAACAUGAUCCAGAAAUUUCUAGGUAGAUUCUGUAUGAGAGAGCAUGAAAGCUCAAGUCAUCUGUCCAUGCUCCAUGUGGACUGCUUUCUUGCAUGAUACCCAGGGCUUUUCUGAAGCUGUGAGAAAGGUACACUAUAGUAUUUAUUGAAGCAAUCUGGACUACAUAGGACCACAUUCCCAGUCUGGAAAUGAGGAUGAGUACAUUUUCUUAUCCUGCAUGUUUUUUCCCCUCACCUUAAAGCCAUGCCAUGAGGUUCAUGUAGAAAAUGUGAGUCACUUUAAUACUUACCUCUUGGAUCGAAUAUCCAGCAGAGCUGUGAGGAUACAUAGUUCUUACUGGAAAGUUCCCCUUGGUUGCUGUGAGAAUUGGAAAGUCGGAUAUUUUGUCUGCCUUUGAUUCUGGAGAUGCUCAUUAGGAGAGAACUGUGGCAGAUUGGUACUCACUUUGGAGAUAUUUUUAUUCUUGUCCUGUAGUUGGAGACUAUUCAGAGACUGCCACGUGUUUCGCUAACGUAUAUAUCUCGAAAUAGAAGAUUCAGAUAUAUUUUUUUUCAAAAGAAAGCUGAAAGUCUUAUUUGAUAUAUUAUAGUAGGUGCCUGAAGGUAAAUACAAGAUAGUUAUUUAAUGAAGAUUUGGCAAAUAAUUAAAUGCUAUCUGCACAAUGUUGAGAGAGGAAAGAAAAAAAAAACUUUUAUCUGCUCAUUUUCUCUGUGGAGAUGAAAGCAUACAUAACAUAUUAGACAUGCACGCAGGUUUCAUGCUCCAUAACUCUUCCUUUAUUUGCC